GCGCGCGCACGAAAGAAAAAGAAGAAAAAAGAAAAAAAGAAGAAGAACAUCUCAUUGUGUGAAUAAACACUCAACCUGAUCCCCAAUCAACCCCGUAAAAAUAUUACCCCUUCCAAUAUAUAACUUACUACUGUUAAGUACAGUCCUUGUCGGCAAGGAGCACUUCUGGGUAACAUACAUGUACUUGAGUUUCAUUGUACACGUUUUCAUGGAAAUGCAUUGGAAUGUAAAUCGUUCAUAGAAAAAUAACUGGGUAACAUACUUGAGACAGCGUCACACUAAUCAGGGUAUUUUGAUGACAUCAUGUGAUCACCCGACAAACAACACUAUUGGCGGCUAUUGUUGAUCAGGGAGAACGCUGCAGAGACAUUCGCUGUCAUUUACUGUCAUGUUCGUGAAGAGACGAGGGUGGACCUUCUAACUGGCGCGGCUAGUGGGGCUCACCGAGUAGCCACUGGGACACUCAGAUGAUAUUCGCUCGUGACUACGGAGGCUAGCAAAGCAGAAUGGCGGAAUACAUUCCUGAAGAGAGUUUCGAAAGAUAUCGGAAUUGCCUUAUCGCACAACUGUGUGACAACAAGCAAAUUGCUUCGGAAAUAGAACUUCAUGUAGACAAGACUGAUGCGAGAAAGCGUUUCUCGUCUACAAGAAACGAUACGGAAGAACCUGGACCGGGUUCGAACCCCGAAGCAAACCCUCGCACCAAAGCCGAGAUGCUGGAGCGGUUAGUCCAGGAGGUAAAAGAAUCUUUAGACCAAGUGGUAUUGGCUUCUAAAAGAGCGGAGAGUUCAACCGUUUCCAGAGAUUCAGCAAUAUCGUCCAACAGUUAUAGAUCCAGCACCAGUGGAGGCGCCGAACAAUUUACGGAAAUGCAGGCUGAACAAGACCAUGAGCCCCACGACCCACCGUCAAAUCUUGUCCGAGACCAGGAGCUAUUGGAGAGGCAGGAUGCAGCGGUGCAGACAAACAGGAGAGCGCUACGACAAGAACGCCACCGGAGACUGCAUGUAGUGAGCGAACACGACUGGGAGGAAGAUACUGUGCCAAAAGAAAAGCUUGCUGAGGAUGGGAAGUGAGAUAAUGGGACGUAACUCGUUGUUUUCAUUCAUAAAUUCGAUGACUGCGGGACGUACGUGCUUAUGAAAGUAUUAAUUGAACAUGACCUUUGACAUAAUUAAUUCCAUAUGGUCAAUUUCAACACAAGGAGGACUUUGAUGAUUGUAGAUAUCGUCAUAUUGUUAUCACACUUAGUUCAAAUAGAAAAUUAAUUUUAUAAAGUCAUGAAGACGAAGACAAUGUUUCAACAUGCAUAUAAAAAUAAUUUAAUUAAGGUUGUCAAGAUAAUCAGUACUUUAGAACGGAAUACGAUCCUGAUUAGUGCAAAGUUGAUACUCUUUAGACAAAGUCCUCCUAUCGUGACUUUAGGUCGUAUGGUUAAGCCAUUAGUGUUCAUAAAAAGCCUAACAAUUGACAACCGUUUAAGAGUAAGAAUUUAAUGUUAAACUGUUAAUAUCAAUAAUAUUAAAGAAACGCUUUGGUCUGUUGUGUUAUCGCAUUUUGUUUUAAUAAUAUGUUUGAAACAAGGCUUUUAUUGGAUUCCUCCACUAAUAUAUCACUAUAUAUCGUUUAUAACUGUAUCACUAUCAGAUAGCGCCCAUACUUAAAAAAUGCAAUAUGAUUGAGUGAGUGAGUAAGGUUUUACGCCGCUUUUAGCAAUAUUCAAGCAAUAUCACGGCGGGGGACACCAGAAAUAGCUUCACACAUGGGCUUUAACCACUAGGCUACCCGACCGCCCCCAAUAUGAUUGAAGUGACGAUGACAUUAUAUGUUUCUAUUUGUUUUCGAAGUUCUAGUUCGAAGAUUUCAAAGAGCGUCGUCCGAUUCUUGCCUAAACGUCGUUCGAUCAGGGUUACAACAUUCAUGGCCACAGUAAAGCUUUCAAAAAGUUUUAUGGUGGACAUCAAUUUGACGUGAACUGGUGAACAAUUGACAUGCCUUUGCAUGUGUUUGUGGCGGAUGCCACUGGAUGGGCAAACUUCGCGCACCUUUUCGCGAACUUCAUCACUAUUUGAUAGUGAUUCAUAAACACAUGCUUAUGAUUUAGUCGAAAUAUUACAAUAGACUCUGCGCUUAGUAGUGAUUUCUUAUGUUUUUUGGAAAUGGUUUUCCUUUAAUUUAACUGGACAGAAAGUUGAUUAAUAUUUUGUAUUUUUUGUGUUUUCAUCCUAUAUAGCAGACGCCAGUUUGUUUUGUGAAUUUAAUUCCCAAGUGCGUUUAGUUCUGUACUGUUUGUAGUUUCAGUGUGGCAAUGUUGCUUUGGAUUUACUGGUCCCACCAAUGUGAAAAGUGGUAUUUGUUUCAGAAACACUUUGUUAUGAUAAAGUCAAAAUCGUACACGGAACUCUGCUUUUAGCGGAGAUUUCUUAUGAUUACGAAAAUGGAUUUGUGGCGUUUGUUUCCAUUGGCGAUCCUCCUUUCUACGACUAAACUUAACUUUCCUUAUCCAACUACUCUUACUAUGUUGUAAUAUCAUGUUAAGCGAGUAAGUAAGUAAGAGCAUCUUAAUUUUCACGGGCUUGCUGAAUACCGUGUUGGUUGGAUUAUAAUAUUUAAAGCUAUACCCAUCUGGUUUUCCCAUUUCAACAAAGGGUAACGUCAGUGUGUAAGAUUAACAAUGUGAAGGCGUUUUGGCGUACAGACGUUUGGAGACAUAACAAACCUGUACAAUAUCUAUGUCCCUCCAUCCAGAGACAUUGAUACAAUAUAAAUUUUGGUUCAACUUCGAAAAAGCUAACUGUUGUCUGCUAGAUGAAAAUGUUCGUAUAUGUUUCACAUACACUAAUGGUAUUUUAACAUGGCAACUUGAAAGCAAUACUCAAGUCAAGACGUUAUGUUCUAAUCUAUAUAAGGAAUAACAUAAUAUAUAAUAUAAUAUACUUUAUGAUAUUAUACUUAUGUGCAAAAGACUGAGAUUUCUGAAGUUUAGAAAAGUGAUAUUUUCACAGUUGUGACAAAAAUGUGAUAUGUUCACUCCAGUGAAAAUAACACUUUGACGAGGUUAACCGACCUUGCGCCUGUCGGAUGCGGCAAAAACACGGAAAUCAGAACACUUACAUUUCCGUGUUGACAGUGAAAAUAUUUUACAUUCAGUAAAAUAUUUAUUGCAUAACAGUUAUUCUUAUGCGUUAUUUGUUUGAAACUCUUCCAAUUUUAACAGCUAUGCUUCAAAUGCAUUGGUAAGCGAUAGCGCCUCUCGGUUUCGUUAGACGCCAUGUUUGUUGUUAAAAAAUUGAUAUUUUAAAGGUGAUUUCGCCUGUCGUUUUUUAUCGUCUGAUUUACAAAUACAGUUUUGGCAAAUCAAUUGUGAUUAAGCAUUCCCUAAAGUAUAUGCCCUGAAGUAUUAUUUUAAAAUCAGCAUGCCCUUAAUGUGCUUGAAAGUUAGAAUAUAAGACAGCUACGCGAUAAAUUGCAAAGAAAAUGAAGAACGUCAUCAAGUUGCGCACGAGCGCUUAUUUGAAUCUCCAGAAAUGACGUCAUGAUAAGUUAGUACAAUGUUUUAUCGUGAAAUAAACCACGCUUCGUUCUUCAUUGUUCUUUGCGAUUUAUCGCGCAGAUGUCUUAUAUAAGAGGUUAAAACAACACCCGAUUAUUUCAUAGACUAAUUGGAUCGGGUGGUCAGACUCGCUGACUUGGUUGAUGCAUGUCAU